CAUGGAGUCAUGUUCCGGUUUGUUGGUUUAUUCAUUUGCAUUUGGUUGAGUGACAGACCCUGUUUCACAGGUGUGCUUUUGGACGUCAGGUUGUCCAGAUCGAUAAGAUCGCUUGCUGCGACCCAAGCGAUACCGACAGUUUUUGGUUUUACGGCUUUUUCGUUGGACGAAGGAAUCUGA